UGUGGGUGUGUGUGUGUGUGUGUGUGUGUGUGUGUGUGUGUGUGCAGUGUACGAACCAGACGGAUUGUUUUAAGCCAGCCCUCCGAAACCACGAAGCCUUAAACAUGUCCGCAAGCCGCCUGCCUUUCAAACAGAAUUGAAGAUGUUGAGUGCUUCUUCUGUAUCCAUACUAACAUACAUAGUAGCCACUAUUCAUUACAGGGAUGGAUGGGCCUCGCAGAUGAUGCGCCAUCAUCCUUGCGUCGGCCGGUGGAGCGUCGAGUCGGUGGAUGGAAAGGAAAGAAGGAAAAUUUCAAGAGACAUCGUGAACAUUCUCUCCUCUGACGCACUACGUACCGCCGGUGAAGUGCCCACUCCUCGGCGCCGAAUCCCCACUGCCUGGCGGGCGACAUCAAGGUCCCUCAUGUACCGAUACCUAUCAUGUCCUCGACCAUUUAUUACCUACCUACCGGUAGGUAGUUUAGGAAUCUUACGUAACAUUGCACCCAUUGUGCUGCUAAGAGCUGAGGGGUAUUCGGCUCAACGGGCCUGCAAAGAAUAUCGCUCACCCUACAGCCUCGGUCAGACUGUCUAUUUCUCCGGCAGGGUGGUCGGCAACAUGAAGAGCAAUACAGGUAUAUACCAAAGACGAAGGGCUGCACAGGCGCGCGGACCGGAGGUGUCCGGAAGCAGUCAUGCACGAAAGCUAGAAAUGGUAAGGAAUACACCAUCAAAAGGUGGCAGGGCCGGCCGGGCUUUUCUCGCAGCGACAGGACAUGGAUCAAGGGCCAAGAAUUACGUAGAUGGCACUGCAGCAGGCCGUCCUCUUGUGUAAGGCAGUCCCAGCACAGAAACUCGCUGC